CACAGCCCAAGUUGAGCCCCUGCUCUCGCAUGCAACAGGAUUAUCCGAUGCCGGCCCACCACGUGCCACCAAAGCACAAUUCUCCUUCAUCGUCCACUCGAGACCUAGCUGGCCAGAGCAAAAGGGCGAGGGAUCUCUCCAUGGUCGGACGAGCUCUGCUCUCCUGUCAGAGCGGUCUCUACGUCGCCGCUCCACUCUCCUCCAUCCGCGUCGGCACCAGAUGCCUAGCGGAUUCCCUGCCCCUCCUCCGCCGAUGCCCGGCGGCGCCCUUCUCGUCCUCUACUCGCUGCCGGAGCCACAUCCGGACCGAGGCGGUGGAGGCGAAGAAGCCCGCAAAGGCGGAGCCUUUCGUCAUCACGACCCCUCUUUACUACGUGAACGCCCCUCCCCACAUGGGCAGCGCCUAUACCACCAUCGCCGCCGAUGCCAUUGCCCGGUUUCAGAGGCUGCUAGAGAACAGAGUUAUAUUCAUCACAGGGACAGAUGAGCAUGGAGAGAAAAUUGCUGCAGCCGCAGAGGCUAGUGGCAACAGCCCCAGCGAGCACUGUGACACUGUUUCACAAGCCUACCGGAUGCUCUGGAAAGAUCUGGACAUAGCAUAUGACAAGUUCAUUCGCACUACUGAUUCAAGGCAUGAAGCGGUCGUGAACGAGUUCUAUUCUAGAGUGCUCAAUAAUGGUGAUAUAUACCAAGCUGACUAUGAGGGGCUCUACUGUGUGAACUGUGAAGAGUACAAGGAUGAGAAAGAAUUGCUGGAAAACAAUUGCUGUCCCAUGCAUCUAAAGCCUUGUGUACUACGAAAGGAGGAAAACUACUUUUUUGCUCUAUCAAAGUAUCAAAAAAUGCUGGAACAGUUUUUAAUACAUAAUCCAGAUUUUGUGAAGCCUUCAUUUCGCUUGAAUGAGGUGCAAAGCUGGAUUCAGAGUGGGCUGAAAGAUUUCUCUAUUUCCCGCUCAUCUGUAGAGUGGGGCAUACCUGUGCCAAAUGACACUAGACAAACUAUUUAUGUCUGGUUUGAUGCUUUGUUGGGGUACAUUUCAGCAUUAUUACAGGAUGGAGAGAAACCAACUUUACAACAAGCUAUUAGUUCUGGUUGGCCUGCUUCAUUACACUUAAUAGGCAAGGACAUCUUGCGAUUUCAUGCAGUUUAUUGGCCAGCGAUGUUAAUGUCAGCAGGAUUAAGUCCUCCAGACAUCAUCUUUGGUCAUGGAUUCUUGACAAAGGAUGGUUUGAAGAUGGGGAAAUCAUUGGGAAAUACUCUUGACCCAAAGGAUCUGGUGGAUGGAUUUGGAGCUGAUGCUGUCAGGUACUUCUUCCUGCGAGAAGUGGAAUUUGGGAAUGAUGGGGACUAUUCAGAGGACCGUUUCAUAAACAUAGUCAAUGCACAUCUUGCAAAUACAAUUGGAAACCUUCUCAAUCGCACACUUGGACUUUUGAAGAGGAACUGCCAGUCCACAUUGGCUUAUGAUUCUAGUACUGCAGUGGAAGGAAAUCCAUUCAAAGAUACUGUAGAAAAGUUGGUCGAGAAGGCAAGAUACCAUUAUGAGAAUCUCUCUUUAUCAUCUGCUUGUGAAUCAGUGUUAGAUAUUGGUAAUGCUGGUAAUUCAUAUAUGGAUGAACGUUCUCCAUGGUCUGGUUUUAAGCAAGGGGGUGCUAGUUCUGAUAUGGCUGCAAAGGACCUUGUAAUUAUAUUGGAGGCAAUGAGGAUUAUUGCAAUUGCUUUAUGUCCAAUCACACCAAGCCUAUGUUUGAGAAUAUACACACAACUUGGGUUUUCAGAGGAUCAGUUUGAAGCAGUGACCUGGAGUGAUACCAAAUGGGGAGGGAUGAAAGCAGGUCAGAAAAUGGCAGAUCCUAAGCCAGUCUUUGCAAGGAUUGAAAAUAGGAAGGAAGGGGAAGAUGAAACUAAAGUGCUUCACAAGGUGGUCAAGGAUAAGAAGAAAACUUCUCGCAGUCAAGGGCUUGUAGGGACUUAAAAUUUAGCACUUUCUACCAUGGCUGCUAGGCUUUUUGGUCACUGCAGAGAAGGCACAUGACCUACAAGGUUUGCUUAUAUAUGAUUGCCUCAGGCUGAGCAGUUCUAAGACCCUGUAUUGAGCUUUUGUUGCUAAUUGUAUGACAAUUGCCUCUGGUUCCUGCUAAUAAUUCUUUUGGAGAACUUUGUUGCAAUACUGUGUAAAAUUGUCUCUCAAGUGUUAUUUCAAUAGUCUUCAGUAUCUCCCAAGUCAAAAACCUGUUGAACUUGGAGGAAACAGGAGAACCUCCUGUGUUUUCCUUCACAAAGUAUCUCAAAGAAUUGCAUGAACUAUCUGCA